CCGGUGCGGCCGAGCUGCUGGUUGGCGAGUCUGCGGCGUGGGUGGCGGCUGUCUCGGAUAUCGACAUGACGGACACUUCAGAAACUUUGCGCAAUUUGGAAGAGAUGUUUUCCAAGAGGUUCACAGAAGAGGACCAAGAAUUCCAGGAGUACUUAAAGCGCCCUCCUGAGACCCCGCCAAUUGUUGAGGAGUGGAAUAGCAGAGCUGGUGGGAACCAGAGAAACAGGGGGAACUGGUCACAAGAUAACAGGCAUUUCCGAGGGGAUGGCCGGCGGGGAUGGUCCAACGACAGACAGUGGCAUGGCCGGUCCUGGGGUAACAAUUACCAGCAGCAGAGACAAGCCCCUUCCUACCUCCCACAGUACGGACAUUGUGGCUACCGGCAACCUCCCUAUGGCUACUACUGACACCACAGUCAUGGCUGUGCAUGGGACUCACCUGGUAGCUUUUGGCGGCUGGUUCUGCAGAAUCAUGAGAGUCCAUUGUUUAUUCUGCUAAAAUUUGAUGUUAGAAAAGUUCCAUCUUACUAGAAAAGCAGUGACAGCUCCUGGGACUAAAUCACCUAAAAGGCCAUAGAUCCCAUUGCUCGGCCUCCACCUUGUUUCCGUCAUGACUUCAUCAUGCUUUGGACUUGGUUUAGUUUUUUCCUUGCUUCACCUCCUUUAGGAGUUCUUGUUCCAUUCUGAAAUUAAACUUGUUGACUAGGAAAUGCUUUUGCUGUGUUAGGUAAGUAAGGGUGAUGCACACGGUCAGAUGCUGCUCAUUCUCAAACCCAGUGUGACUGAUUGACUGUAGACUGUGCUGACUUGUGUCACAUGGCGCAGUGAGAGGGCCAGACCACCAGGUAGAGGCGCCUCUGGGGCUCACUGGAAGUUCCUGGGCUGGGUCCUCAGUGUUGCCAGAAUAAAAAAGUUGAGUCUUC